AUGUCGAACGGGACUCCACGUAAUCGAGGAUCGGAGCAGUCACUAGCAGACCAUGUAUUUGUUGAUCAAAUCGAACCGCAGAGUCUCCCCGUCUCAGAUCAUAUUCCGAGCCCAGAAGAGUUGAUUGAGAAGGGCAAAUAUCUAGUCGAUUGUCCCAGUUGGUUGGCUUUCAUUGGCGAGAACAGACGAAUGCAAUAUUCGAAUCAUUUUAUCAGCCGAAAUGAUAAAAUUUGGGAGUUGAUAUCAACUGAGAUACGCUAUGUGGAUUUAUUGGUUAUGAUUCGUGAUGUCUUCAUGAAGGCCUUUCCUCCACAGAAAGGAGACUCCUUGUGUCUUAGUGACAAUCUCUUUCCUCACCUGGAUGAUGUUCUCGAAUGUCAUAAUCGCCUUCUCUACUACAUGUUGGAAGCCCACAAUGCCACUCCAGACCACAUCACCAAGAAUCUUGGCCAGUGCUUCACAACAACGAAGAUGACAAAAGAAGAAAACUUAGUUCUUCCUUAUUAUUGUGCACUGACUUGUGCAGUAGCCUACGUCGGAAGUCGUGACAUCAACUCCUAUCGAUACAUCUCCAGUGGUGAUGAUGAUGCUGAUGAUGAUUUUCUCUUAAGGACUUCUCUAGGACACCUUCAUUCCGUUCAUAUUAACCUAUGUGAGCACUGCUCCUGAGCUUCUGUCUCUGAGUUUGACCUAACGGAGAGUACCACAUACCGACUAAUAGAGGCCUACGGGGUUCUGAUGUUCAUUCAGAAUUCCCUUACAGACUCUGUUUCCAAACUCAAAGCCAACCGAACCUGGGCAGAGAAGCUAGCGGCUUGUGAAAGAGAUCCACGAACCAGACGUCGUACUAUAACUGAUUGCUACUUGAUCAUCAUCCAACGUUGGACCAAAAUUGAAACUCUCCUCGCUGGCAUCAUAUCAGACACCAUUGUUCAAGACGACUCCACAGAAUUAAAUGAUCUCAAUAUCUCACGCAGAGCCGCACAAAGUCUGCUUCUAGGGGCUCAACAGAAGUUGACCGAUCUAGUCCACAGAGACAAGUUGCGUUAUUUUGCUGACAAUCUCAAGGAGGAUUGGGGUGACCCGCAAUCUAUCGGUGAUCCUAAGCAUCGAACUCUCCUGCAGUGGAUGAAAGCACCAGAUGCCAAACUCAUCAAUUACGAUAAACUGGCCAUCCAGUGCCGUAAAGAGGGCGGCAAAAUUUGCAAUAUUGAACUGUAUGGAGUUGCCCUGCAGCAUUGCUUCUUUCUCCUUCGACAGGACCCAGAAACGGGAAAAUUCUCCCUCUUUAGAGAAUCCAGCAUGCCACCCAUCCUAAUAUGGACAAAGCACUUUGGCUACUUCCGCGAUCAGGCUGGCUCUCCAUUGACUUUUAUCAUCCUUAUGGACUCCGAUCGGACAAAAGACCCCACUCUAACAAAAUUCAUCUGUUCCACACACGACGAGGUUGCUCGAUGGCAAAAAAUUUUCUCCGAGGGUUUCGACAACUUUGGCAAGCCAGAGGAGUCCGAAAUGGAAAGCAUGCUGAUAGAGAAGAACACGCAGCGUUUGGAGGCUGCCGAGGAACGAAGAAAGCGUCAGGAGAAGAAAUUGGAAUUGAUUAAUCAACUCUCUGCGGAUAUUUUCUCCCAGUGGGAAGUGCGCAACAUCGCUUUUCGUACUCUCUUUGUCGAUGAGGGUCUCACUAUCUCAGCUUCUAGAUCAAACAGUGGUCGCUCGACAAACACCCGACGCUCCCUGACAAGUCAGUCUGAUUCCCAUCAACAGGCGGAGGAUGAACAGACCAAAGUACGAACUCUGCAUGAUAGAUUCAUGAAGAACGUGAUGCAAUUGGCGAGCCUAUGUGGAGAUUCGGAUGUCACCUGCCUGAGUCGUAGUGCAUCCGAUGCCGCUGAUCGACGAGCUUCUUAUUCCAGUACUUCUAUGCCACCGCCUAUGCCCGACGCCAAUGGAGACUCCAAAAAACGCGGAGACAAAGAUAAUGUGACAUUCCGAAUCAAGCCAAAGUCCCAAAUUCGGCUGUCGAAUCUGCUUCGUACAGGAAGCCGACGUCGUGGGGAGGGUUCUUCAUCAGAGUUCCCACGUGAGUACCUCUCCUCGGAGGUCCAGGAUCGUAAUUGUGAGGUGUCCUUCGAUUCUUCUCUCACCUCUCUCACAAAUCCCAAUCUCCUAGUUGCAGAAAUACAGGAUUUAGCUCUAGCUCUUUUGGAAACCUAUGAAAACCAGUAUCUGCGUCGUCUAGAAUUGGAGAAGGAUAAUCUUCGACUGAAGACAGAAGUGGAAUUAACUGGAGGACAAACUUCAAUUAACACCAAACGGGAGUUGGAGUAUCUACGAUCCCUUCAGAAGAAGAUUGAAGACGAGCAAGCUGCUUGGACUGCCCAGAAACAGAGAGAGGAGGCUCGUUUGGAACGAGAGGAUCAGAAAUUGAAGAACCUUGCCAAAAAUCUGGAAGAGAAACAAGAGCAGUAUGAGAGGGACAGUCGGACACUCCAGGAACAGAUUGAUUUGCAUGCAAGUCGAGGUAUUGACAUGGGUCGACUUCGAGGCGAUUUUUUCUUGUUUACGGCAGGUUCGGCAACCAAUCUGCAUUCUCUAGAUGUUGAGAAGCCUUCAAACACUUCGCUGACUCACAAUAUAUCCUGUCGAAGUGAAGGAUCGCCGGAUCGCGCUUGUUUGCAAACAUUCACUGUCAAGGGUCACAGAAACUACUUCCCUGCGUCCGUUCCAAGGGAACUAGGCGAUAGACGCAACGUUCCCUUUCCGUCUUCUCCAAAGCCGCGAACUGCCUCCAACGAGUCCCAGUAUGGAAGAUACGCAAACUACACACAAAACCCCGCCAACCAUCCGGUCGAGUCGAAUAGCGCAUACCAUCCAAAUCCUGUCCCUUUAAGGCCACCCACGGGGCCAGCACAUGUCUCCCCUCAGCAACCUGAGAAAACUCAAAGACAAGGGAGUAUUACCAAUGCCCUCGGCAGUCUACCAACCAAACUCGCUUCCAAGACACGCAGUUCCAAGAGUUUCCUUCGACAUUAA